AUGACGACCUACUGGUCUCUCAGCGCUGCCUUGGACCCGUGGUGCAUGGUUCUCCCUAGAACGGUCAACGAUGUGUCUAUGACCAUCACCACUCUUGCGGAUAAUGAGUGUCCAUUUGGUAUUCGUGGUGGUGGUCACGGAGCCCAUGCAUUGUCCAAUUCUGUUGAAGACGGUGUCACUCUUGAUAUGGGUUUGUUCAACACCACGACUUACAACACCGACACCAAGAUUGCAUCCAUCGGCCCAGGAGCGCAUUGGGGUAGCGUCUACGAUACGCUUACCCCUUAUGGCGUGACCGUCACUGGAGGCCGAGCUGCUUAUGUGGGCGUCGGGGGCUUUCUCCUAGGAGGUGGUAAUUCUUACCAUUCUGGUAGUCAUGGGUUUGGCUGUGAUCAAGUUCAAAGCUUUGAGAUCGUCCUGGCUGAUGGACAAGUCGUCAAUGCUAAUAAGUAUGAAAACUCGGAUCUAUGGAAGGCUCUCAGGGGAGGUUCUGGCAACUUUGGACUAGUGACUCGUUUCGACCUCUACGCCAUUGAAUUCGAGGAUCCUUCCAACCCCUACAUCUGGGGUGGCAUCGUCGGCUACAACUAUACGCAGUCGGACGCCGUCAUAGAUGCCUUUAUCAACUUUACCAACAACGUAGACAAAGACAUCUAUAGCUCCUCUAUAGCGAUAUGGGGCUACUCGGCCAGCGGAUUUUCUGUCCGCAGCAUCCUCGACAACGUCGCCAACCGGGCGUAUCCCCCAGCCUUUGACAAGUACCUCAGCAUUGGGAGUCAAACAUCCAAUUCCCUCCGCAGCGAGACCAUGUCCAAUAUUACUGCUGAAUUAAUCCGAGAUCAUAGAACUCGCACCAUCUGGUUCACUGGAACUUACGCCAACGAUCCGCGUAUCCUACGAUUCAUAACGGCUAAGCACGACAAGUUGAUGCUUACUCUGGAAUCCAUCCUUGGACCAGACUCUGGCGUGUUUAGCAGCUGCCAAGCCCAGCCAAUGACCGAGCCUAUGAUUUCUCAGGGAAAAGGAAACAAUGUGCUCGGCCUAGAGACACGCAUUGCCGCCACGGGAGGUCCAGGAUUCAUGUUUCUGAUAUAUAUAGGCAUUGAGAGCGCAGAACACGAAGCUCUUGCCCUGCCAUACGUAGAAUCAUUUUGGCAGGAUGUAGAAGAGUACGCAGAUUCUCUUGACGGGAACUGGAGGUGGAGGUAUCUGAACUAUGCCUAUAGGACACAAGAGCCUAUCUCAGGGUACGGAGUGGAAAAUGUGAAAUGGCUCAGGGAGGCGGCGCAAAAAUAUGAUCCGAAGGGUGUUUUCCAGAGGCUAAGGAGUUCGGGUUUCAAAAUUCCCCAGUACAUACCGCCGUAA